GCGCUGCAGAGAAUCACAAACAAACCCGUCUCUGAGCAUCCAGACUCUCCUUUCUCCACUGCUUUAAACCUUUCUACAGCUAAUAAUGACGCUCUGGAGACCAAAUCAAACCCACACGGCUCUGGGAAAAUGAUGCACAGAUUUUCUCCUCUGCUUGGCAGCAGUGGUGUUCAGGAAUCUGAGGAUGAAGCCCUACAAACUGCAACCCCUCCAGAGAAGAAGCGGAACCCCAAACAACAAGCAAAACAUAGUCAAGAUCAAGAUCAAAACAUCACAACAAAUCAACAGAGAAGAAGAAGUUGGGUUGAACAGGCAAAAAGGCCACAAACAAGUCCACAUCAGCACACUGGGAGUGUUAAAGAGAAGGACAAGCCUAAAAGUGGACAUGUGCCUAAGCAACUGGAGACUCAUAGGUUCGUCAGCCCAUCUGUAAGUGACUCUGAACCACAAAGUGGCAUUUCAAAAGCCACUCAAAAGACAAGAGGUCGACCAAAAAAAAUAAGGCAAGCAUUGGAUAUAUCAAAGGGAUCAGGCAAGGAAUUUAAAACAGGUGCCACUAAAAAAAUAAAUACAAGAAAAAGACAGAAUGAUAAACAUAUACAGACACAGACUGCUUCUGACCUUGAAAAUGAGGGGGUUCCUGCCAAGAGGGCAAAGAAACCAAAGGGACCAACCUCUCAAUUUUCAAAAAGUGCUACAAGCCCAAAGCAUAGUUUGUCGGACUUAGAAGACUCAACAGGGCAACAGAACUUUGAAAGCAGUUCUCCUGAUUUGGAAGACGACAGAUCAAGGGGUAGUAGCAAAUCGGAGCAUUGGGAUGAACUUGUUAAGGAUAACAAUGUAGAUUUAUCUAAAACGUUCAAACAGAGCAGAAUAAGCAAGCACAUUCCAAAGGACUCGUCCAGUUCUUCUGAGCUAGGUAGUAAUAAAAAGCCACCAGUUAAACGGCUCAUUAAAAGAAAGCCCAAAUUGGAACAUGUUUCUCAGGACUCCAAGAAAAGUGAGAAAGGAGAGGGGAUGCGCAGUAAAACAGGUCCGAUUGAGUGCAAAGUGUGCAGCCGGUUAAUUAGAUGCAAGGCUGUAAUGGAGAGACACAUGCUCACACACACUGGUGAAAAACCGUUUGAAUGCUACGACUGCGGCAGACGCUACACCAGCAGCUCCAACCUGCGCAUCCACCAGCGGAGCCACACCGGCAAGAUGGACUACUCCUGUGAGCAGUGCGGCCAGAAGUUCACACACCUGUCCUACCUGAAGCGGCACCUUCUUAGACACUCAGACAAAAGGCAGCACAUGUGCGACCAGUGUGGCAAAGGCUUCUUUCAGAAGUACCACCUAGAGCGUCACCUUCUGGUGCAUUCGGGCAAAAUGCCCUACGCUUGUGACAAAUGUGAUGCCACUUUCAACCGCACGGAUUACCUGAGCCUGCACAUGCGCAACGUGCAUCUGAGCGAGGAUGGGGAGAGAGAGAUGAAGGCCAAGCCUAACAAGCCUUUCAAGUGUGACAUUUGCGAAAAAGCCUUUUCCACAGGUACCUCCCUAAAGUCGCACUGGCGUGUUCACACAGGGGUCACUCCGUAUACUUGCGCCAUCUGCCAGCGCAAAUUCAAGCAGUGGAGUCAGAUGAAUGCACACGUGCGCACCCAUUCGGGUGAGAAGCCCCACACCUGUGACGUGUGUGGAAUAAAGUUCUCACGCAAGAACUAUGUUCGGAUCCACAAAGAAAAGAAACAUUUAGCAAAUAAUGUUUUCCAGCAGAGUUAAUUUUUUUUUUAUUUACCAGUAGAUUUUGUAUAUUUUUAUUAUAAUUUUUCACAUAAAAUGCUAACAAGCUUUAGCUUUUGUUGUUAAAAGUGAUAUAAUUUGGACAUUGGAAGUUAUCCAAAAAGAUUAUGUCAAGUUUUAAAAUUAUUAUUUUUUUGGUCAAAAAUUUCUUACAGUAACAACUUUAAUACAUUUAUCUUUAAUGCUUACAGGCUCUGCAUAUCUUACUUCAGAGGGAGUUGAAAUUUUUAUGAUUAGUUCCACAGUACAGAGAUAGAAAGCUGGAAUCAGCUGGAACUGCUACGAAUAAUUAAAUUGUUUUCAAGGGGUUGAAAUAAGGUGUAGUGCUUUAGAGAAGCUUGCCAAAUUAGAAAUAUAUAUUAAAGCUGGGGUAGGUGAUUUUGUAUUGGGGCAUAUCUGAGUGUCUUUUUUUUGUGAACCUAGAUCAGUUAGGUAGGUAGGUUGAUCGAUAAGUGGGCCAAUUAUUCAUUUAUAUAUUGAUCUGGCAUUUUCCUCCAGUGCAAUUUUUUGCAAUCCUAUGGCCUCCAUGGAUAGCGAUUCAUUUUUGUUUUAUUAUGUAUUAAUUACCAUAGUAUGUUGGAGUGUAGAAAUACACAUAUUUUUUUUUUAUAGAUCACCUACUCCAGCUUUAAAUAUAAAGCUUCAGCUUCAGUGUACCAGGUUCACUGGUCGGUUUGUAUCACAAACACAAAUAAUAUUUCUCAAUUUUAAAUGUCAAUCAAUAAUGCCAGUUCUUAAGUAACCUUGUUCACAUGGUCUUACAGUGUAACCCAUCUGCAGAAAUAUUUUAUGUAUCCCAUAAUAGAAGUUUGGUUGGCUUUAGUGAGGUGAGUUUAAACAGGGUUCAUUCAAAUUACUACCAUUAGUAAAACCCAAUGUGAACUCAGGUCAACAGUAGUGCAAGCCCUAGGAGUGGCUGAAAUGUAAAAAUCGCUGUGUACUUCAGGCAGGAAGGUAUCCAGUCACAAAUAUAUCAAAGUUAAGAAAGCUAACCCAGCAUUUCUCAGUCCUGGUCCUGGCAUCUGGCACCCACCUGAUCUUUCUUCCUUUAGGUAUUACUGUUUUUACAGACCCCUGCAACUCUGAAGCGAUUGGUUUAUUAACUUAGUUGAAUCAGGUUUGCUGCGAGAGGGAACUGCAAUAAAUAUCCAGGACAGAGGGCACCAGGACCAGGACUGAGAAACACUGAUCUAAUAUAGAGCCUACUUCCACCUUUAUAUCAGACAAUAACUGCAAACCACUAGAGGGAGCCCGCGAACCCAAAAUGAAGGUGAAUGUAGUUAAUCUGCUAAAAACUCAAAUAUAGUAACUAACCACUUGGCCAGAAUGUGCUUUUAGAUAAAUAAAAAAUGUAGUAGAAUAAAGUAUUUUGUCAAAAAAGCAAAGAAAA